AUGCAAACUAUCGAGAAGGCACUGCAUCAACCAAUGCCGUUCACAACCGGUGGCCAAACCAUAACUGAUCGCCUGACAGCAGCAAAACAUUCGCUGGCUGGUAGUCAACUCGGUAAAACGAUUUGUAAAGCAACUACGGAGGAAUUAAUGGCACCCAAGAAGAAGCAUCUUGAUUUAUCUGUAUUAGAUUUAUUACACUGUACAAAUGAGCCAAAUGUAUCGAUUCCAUCUAUGGCCAAUUUACUCAUCGAGCGAACACAAAAUCCGAACUGGACAGUUGUUUAUAAGGCGCUGAUAACAAUUCAUAAUAUUAUGUGCUAUGGAAAUGAGCGGUUUUCUCAGUAUUUGGCUUCGUGUAAUACAACGUUCAAUUUGGGCAGUUUUCUUGAUAAGGGCUCUACGCAAGGUUCUCCUAUGGACUAUACCUAUUCAACAUCAAGACGAUGGGCAUCGUUGGAUACGGUUGUUGUCGGUUACGAUAUGUCACAGCAUGUAAGACGUUAUGGUAAGUAUAUAAGCGAAAAGAUUUAUACUUAUCGAUUGUGUGCAUAUGACUUCUGCAAGGUGAAACGUGGUCGAGAGGACGGUCUACUGCGAACAAUGAAUACUGAUAAGUUAUUAAAAACGUUGCCAAUUCUGCAAAAUCAGAUUGAUGCUCUUCUGCAAUUUCAAGUUACGUCAAGUGAAUUGAACAACGGUGUUAUCAACUGCUCUUUCAUAUUACUAUUUCGUGAUCUCAUUCGUUUAUUUGCGUGUUAUAAUGAUGGUGUUAUUAAUUUAUUGGAGAAAUAUUUUGAUAUGAACAAAAAACAGUGUCGAGAGGCGCUCGAUAUGUACAAGGCUUUCUUGUUACGAUUGGAUAAAGUGGCGGAAUUCCUAAAAGUUGCCGAAACGGUCGGUAUUGAUCGUGGUGAAAUUCCAGAUCUGACACGUGCACCCGCCUCGUUACUCGAGGCGCUUGAAGCUCACCUUGUGCAUUUGGAGGGCGGUAAAAUGCCACCAUCAACGAAUCAUAGCGAACAGUUUGCAGCUGUGAUGAGUCAAUCGUCUUCGCUUUUCAAAUCCGAUAAUCAGUCAGCUGUUAUCGAAGAUUCAGCCAAAGAAAAAUAUUUGAAAGAAGAAAAAGAACGAUUACGUAUGUUUGAGGAACAACGUAAAAAACAUGGAGCAGCCAUGACUAACGCAUCAGAAAUGAAUCUGGUGAGUGAUGCAACGAAUCCGUUCGCGAACGCAGUUGCAAUGAAUAUUGAGAAUCAGCAAGCAAGCCAAGCUCAGUCACAUAAACCCAGCGAUGACUUGUUGUCAUUGUUCGAUCCUGUUGUUUCGUCACUUGCUAACAGCACUCAGCAACCCUCUUCUACCGCACAAAUGAUGGCAACCACUGCAGCCACUACAGCUCCUCUCAGUACGAAUGCUGCUCAUACGACCACUUCUUCUCUGAACCUUGACCCCACCAAUCCUUUUGCACAAAAUAUAUUCCAGCAGCAACCUAUUAUGACAACAUCGAACGUUGUCAACACACCCUUUACAAGCACAGUACCAGCAGCAACGUAUCCAAACGUCUCAACGAAUGCCGCACCACCAACUUUCGGUGCGGAUUUCUCGAGAGCAUUCACCAAAAGUGCAUCAGCAAUUCCAGCUCAGCAACAGCCGUAUGGUGCUGAGAGUACGAAUCCGUUCAUGAUGCCAUCGAGCACUGAAGGAUCUGUCGAAACGACUCACGAAGCACUAUUGUCACAACAACAACAACAGUCAUGGGUACCCAUCAGCGAUCUACAGCAGCAAUACCAGCAACCAGAACAUGACUGGAACAAUCAGACGAACACCGCAGCAGAUUCCAGUUCGAGUGGCGAUGAAACUUCAGCAACUGCACUCUCAACGCACACUGAAACUGUUAAUCAAGCUCUGCGAAAUCCAUUCGGUGCUAUGCAACAUAACGCACAAGGUAUUCGUUGCUUCUGCUUUCCACAACGGUCCUUAGGUGAUACGAACUCUAAAAAAACAGUGGAAAUGAGUUCAGCUAUUCAAAAAGUUAUCAUUACAGCUCUGCAUACGGCCGGUAUUAACGCAACUGUGGCCACUCCGCUGCAGUCGGAAGCUCCGACUUUUUGUACAACGGCCUCGAAUAAUUCAUCUGGUGAACGCAGUUUUAUAUUUUGUUGUCUUUGUCCCAUGCUAAAACUCGUUGAUUUAGCCGCUCCGUCGCCUGUUCCCUUCGGAGUGUCAUCGCAAAGUGCAGCGCAAGCUGUACCACAGCAACAACAAGGUCAACAGACACUUGGAAUCUAUGAUCAGACGCCAUUUUCACAUAUGGACGGCAGUUAUACGUCAUCACCAGUAUUCCCACAUCAUAUGCAACAACAGCAACAGCAAGGUGUUGAUGCAACUGGUUCGUUAGUUGAGGAAGCAUCCAUAGAUUUUGAUGGAAAGAAAUGGUUGAAUGAUGAUUCAAUUUCAGGUAAUAGCUCGAUAGAUGCAUACUCUCAACAACAAUUACAAUCAUCACAGCAAGCCACUAAAUUCGGUGCUAACGAUUUGGACAGUGCGUUGUCGUCUUUAGCCGAUAACCUAUCGAUCGCUGGUGGAAAGGCUGCUGCAGCUAGUCAAGGUAAACCAGUGCAAUGGAACAGUCAAAGUAGUAACGCAGCUGUGAUACGUCCACCAGCAGCACAUCAAGUUACACCAGCGCAGAUGCCUUUUGCACAGAUGCCACCGCAACAAUGGCCUCAUCCAUUACAAGCUUAUCAGCCACAACCAGGUAUGUACGGUCAGCAAGCAAUGAUGAAUGUGUAUGCUCAACAAGGCUUUGGGCAACUGCCUUCAGCUGGGGUAUACGGAGUUGGUGCAACAAGUGCAAGUGCACCGUUGACAUUGCCAUCCUCAUCAGCACCAACAACAACCACCACGAGCACUGCAAACAACACACCGCAAUCAGCACUACUGCAGCAGUCCUCUAGUCAACAUCCGUUCAUGUGA